AUCAACUGGAGGAGAACCACAAGCAUAAUCAGAGAGAGACAAAGUGUGAGUGUCAAACGUGGUACAGUCAGCCCUUCUGGCCGCCAGCGGUUCAGGUUUAAUGCCGUAAUGCCUGCCGGGCUGGCAGCGGAAAGUCAAAUUCAACCCAUCCGUUUUCCUAAGCCGAGCCGGAGGAGGACCGGGGCAGGAGCCCUGUGGCCCUGCACCAAACUGCACUUCACCAGCCCAUCCCGCCGGGCAGAGAGCGGCAGUGACCGAAACACCCUCCUCGUUCUCCCCCUCGCCCCUGCCCUUGGACGGGAGCCGCGGCGGCCGGGGACCCCCUCGCCGGGCCGGGAAGAGGAGCCGGAGCCGGGCAGAGGAGCCGCCGUCCCGGCCGGGAGCGAAGGAGCAGAGCCGGGAUUUAUCACGACGAUUAAUUCUUUCACUAUGCAGGGAAGCAGCAGGGGGAAAGGGGGAGAAAAAGCGCCGUCUCCCCGCUGCCGAAAGGCACCCUGCUUCCCAGGGCGGCUAUCAAAGGGGAGCUCGCCGUCGGCCGUCCCGCACUCUGGUGAAUCAAAUUUAUGUGCAAAUAUAGUUAUUUAUUUGCUGGCACCUCCUUUGACUGCAGGACACACGCUAGCGGCAUCGGAAACCGAGCGGAGGGCUACAGCUCGCCGCAGAAAGAGGGGAGGGUGCGCGGGGGGGAAAGUAAGAGGCGGCCAGAUCCAAGUCCAGUGUUAGGAAUUAAAGUCGUGGCUGAGCUCUUUGCAAAUGUGCCUGGGACUCCUUGA